AAAGUUUAUUGAUUUAUUCUGAAAGAAAAUAAUAAAUUCUACAAUGAAAUCACAAAAAUUUAAGAUUCCUUGUAACAGCGAAAGCUUUAUCAACUUGGAUAGAAAAGUUAUAAUAGUUUCUGUUUUUGGUAAAAGCCAGUAUCGAGCUAAAAGUUGUAAGGCAAAUAUAUUUAGUUCCGUUUUACAAGUGGAUUUAUUAGAAGAACCAACUAUUAAUAAACAGUCAUUGUGUGAAAUUGAAGGUUAUCAUGAUCCAAAAACAAGAACAGUGUAUUUGCAUUUAAAAGGAUUCUUGGAUACUUACAUGCUCAUUAAUGAAUAUGAUCAAUUCAUUCAAAAACAAGAACAUAAAGAUUUUCUCAGUGCUUGGGCUCAUAUGAGAAAUAAAUAUUCUAGAGCCUUACUCGUACUAUUUCAUUUGUCACAUAUUGUUAUUCUAAGUCAUCCAACUCACAUAUUUGAUUAUAGUUACGUACAUUUAUUUAGAGCUCUCGAUAUUAUUAGGCAAAAAACUUCGACUCAAUUAUCAGACUUCUUGAGUUCAUUAUCUGGAUUACCAAAAGACUGGAUAUCCAAUGGUAGGCCUUGUUCACCACGCGUAUUAUUUUAUUUUGAAACUUGUCCACCAAUUUUUCGUGAAGCAAACAAUGGAGUUAAUAUUAAAAGGCUGGAACAUUCGUUAGAAGAUAGAAUAUAUCAAGUUUUAAGAAAAAAUCGAAUAGUUACAAAUAUUAGUUCAAAUUCAUUAUUUGCAAUCCCAGCAAACCAAGAAUUUGUUUUUGUACAUACUGGUAAUGUUGAAACUCAAGAUAUUUUAGCUUACAUGACUCGACAAUUAAUUAAAAGUUGUACAGUUACUUCAGAUGCAGUAAGCUCAAAAAGUGUUGAAAAAGUAGAUUUAUCCUUACAUCACGAUGGCUCAGAAGAAGAACCACAUACAUUUAAACGAUUUCUGCAACAACAUAUUAAUUUAGCCUUUUCUAAAGGUUUUGAUGAUAAUGUCGGCCGUCAUCCUGCUCCAGCACAUUUUGAAAUACCGACACUAUCUCAGUUUUUUGAUGUAGCUAAGAAAGUAUAUGAAUUUUUUGUAGAAGGAACAAAUAAAGAACUCGCAAGUCUUCAUGGAUUACUAGAUACUGAUGUUAAAUUUAGUAAAAGUCGUUGUACUAAAGUAUUGCCAAGGGCUUUACAAGCUUAUCAAGAAAAUCUUCCUCAACAUUACACAAGAGCCUAUCAUGAAUCUAAGUUGGCUCAUGCAAUGGCUGAAUUUGAGAUGCAUGCUCGAGGACCUCUAUUUGAAGAAUUUAAUGAAAAAUUACAAGAAGAAUGUGAUAAGCAUUGGCGCGCUGGUCGACAAAUGUGUCAAGUUUUAUCACUUACAGGAAAUCCAUGUACAAAUCCUAUUCAUAAAGGAGGCGGAGGAGCUGGUGGAGGAGAGCAACUCGAUUCACGAGAAGAUUAUAAUGAUUUAUCUGUUAUGGAACAUUGUAGUGGAGUUCGGUACAUUUGUGCUUGCAAUUGUGGUAGAUGUCAAGGAUCUCGUGAAGAUCCUUUCAAUUUGAAGCAAGCAAACUAUGAUUAUUUUCAAAUGUUAGCAACUCAAUGUGGGUGCAAUCAAUUAGAAAGUAUUCAAUUUCCAGUUUUUCAACCAAGUACUCAUAAUUAUCGAGCAGCGCAAUUAUUAUCAACUACUAAUCGAAAGGAUUCAUUAGCUCGAGCAGAUAUUUCAACACCGCAAGGUCAAACACAAGUUUGUAGUUUAGGAGUCAAUGAUGAAAUCACAGCUUAUGGUAGUGGAGGACAAUCACCCCCAGCUCAAAGUGAUCUUAUAGAAGAGGAUGUACAAAGACUUAGUUAUAAAGCUAGCUUUACUCCUGGUGAUGAAAAUAAAGUUGUUAUUGCAGUUGCUGAUGUAGACUCAGAAAAUACAAAGGAAAAAUCUCUUGUUAAACAACCAUCGACAACAGAAUAUUUACCAGGAAUGUUACAUACAGAGUCACCUAUUAGGUUACUUCCUCAAUUUUCUAGUUGGUCAUUGAUUUGUUUAGGAUCAAGCAGCAUAUACUCACACAAUUUAGGUUUACAACAUCAAUUAGGUGUGCUUGCAAAUUCUGCCUUUUUACUACCAUGGGAUGUAACCGUAAGAAUAGAACAUCAAAAAGAAAGGGGUUCAUUUUGGCCAACUGUUAAUGACAAUAAUCAACAUAAUUUUUGCUCCAGAGGUAAAAAUUUUCAAAAUUUAAAUAUUAUGCGAGGAAGAAAAUUGAAGAGAGGAAAAGAAAUACUUGUAAAGAUAUUUGUUGGAGUUGAAUAUGAAUGUCCUAGAGGACACAGAUUUAUGGCAUCAACUCCAGAUAAAGUAUUAAAAGCAACAGGUAUAGGAACAGUUAAAGAUAAUGGAAAUAAAAUUACUUCUAGUACAACGGAUAUGCCACUAUAUUUUCCUUGUCCAUGCAGACAACCGAAACCAUUAAUUGCCCAAUUAAUGCGAAUACAUGUUGUAACACCGAAAGCUCCAGUUCAUGUAACAUUGAAUCCACGUGUACAACCUGGACCUUCUCCUUGUCCAAUUUUUGUCACAGGAUGUGAAGAACCUAUAAAGCUUCCUCAAAGUUCUUAUUGGAUUCUUAGAUUGCCAUAUGUUUAUAUGGGAGAUAAGGGUCCAUACUUACCUCCAAAAGAUCCAGUUCCAAUAUCGCAUGGUAGACUACUUGCUGGGAUGUAUGGCAUUAGUAAAUUAGUAAGCGAUAAAAAGUAAAACUAAAUACAAGAGAAUAAAUAACUAAUU